ACAUUUUCAGAAAUGUUCUUGAAAGGCAGAAAACAGUUGUUGUCUUGAUUUUUUUUACCUGGUGUAGCCUACAGCCGAUAAAAACCUUUCGGGUUUGUAUUAUGCAGUUCCUGCGUAUUCCCGCUAGUUUUAAGAGCCUCCAGCUCAGCGAUAAGGCCUGCCCCUUCCAUAGUUUACUAGUGGGUGGUAUCGAGAUGACAGAGAGGAAGUACAAAAUUACGUAGUUGCGUUAGCUACGUUCCCGACAUGUCCAGGGAUGUUGCACGUUUGUCCGCUUUAGUGCAAAUCUGUAAACACAGAAUGACCAGUAGCCUAUGAACAUUGCGAAGCGCCUGAACUCGAGAGAAGUUUGAUAGACUCUAGCUUCGGAUGAUAAUAAGCGCUAUUAAGCAUGGCAUAUCUUUUCUGGAUAUGUUUCAAAAUGAUUCAUUUCAGAGGCUUUUCUCAUCCUCACAGGUCCUUUGCCAGUUCCAAAUGCUUACAUCGACUAUAGGGUUAUAAGCGGGGUUUUUAUGGCGUGCUAAUGUCGAAUUAAAAUUUCGCAAAAGUUCGUUUAAGAAACUCAGAGCCAUGUUCAUACGAACCGAUUACUAUAGUCGUGGACCUAGCUUACCUAACCCAUUUUUAUUUAAUAAUUUUAGACAACAUCUUAAAUAGUUAGCCUUAUUCGGUAGCGACCCAGGGUACUGCUCCUCUAGCGUUUGGAAAUUUAGCGACUUAAUCUGUACUGCUAGAUGAAGUCAUUGUUUUAUUUUCUUAACUGGACUACGCUAUGACUCCACAAGUAGUAAUCCUGAUGACUGGACUCUGUUGGACAUGUUGCCAGUCAACGUUAGCUUGGCAGUUGUGUGACAAUGGCAAGUUUCAGGUGGGGCGAGAUUUGCCGCAUUUGGCUGGGUUACAUUGCUCUGAACCGCUCUUGAAAGAUUCGAGCCAGCAACUCCAUAUUGAUCAGAAGUAUUCACCACCUUUGCAGACCGCUAAGCAUGUCUGCAUGGACACACCCAUUUCGUAUAAUGCUACUAUUCCAAGCAGUGGAGAUCACAGGCCUGUGGGCGCUGAACCUGGUGUGUACCUGUACUGCCCACCUCAGCGCUGGCUCAACAAUCUUCAGCAUGGAGCCAUUGUAGUCCUGCAUCACCCUUGCGCUCCUGAUGGGCAGCGACGUCAUCUGGCUGCCCUGGCGCGUUCUUGUCUGCCUGGCUCCAUCAUGACGGCACACCCCUGGCUCAGUCCUCAGAGGCCUCUGGCAUUGGUCUCUUGGGGUCGAACCCUGGAGAUGUCUCAUGUGAGCGCCCCUAAGGUCUGUGACUGGUUAGUCUCGGUCUCUUCCAACCUCCAGCGGCACCGUAACCCAGACCAACGGAGACGAAAGGAGCGCUACAGCCUGCUAUUGACACACAGUGCCCCCCUGCACAAGCCAAAGGAAACUGCACAGGACACGCGUGCAACAACAUCCCAUAUUGAUUGGCUAAAGAGCCUUAGGACCUGUUGUGAGCAGACCCUCUCCCCUCACCAGGAUGAAGAGACCCAGGAGGGAGAGGAGGAUGAAGGAAGACGAAGACGAGAAAGGAGAGCUGUGCUUCGAGGGCAGGAGGAGGAUCAUCAGGACAGCUUGAAAACAGAGUUCCAUACACAGCUCCACAAUGAGACUGACCUCCACAGCCCCCAGUCCAGCAGAAUGAAUGAUACAGUCACACACGCUACAGGCGUCACACACGCUACAGGCGUCACACACGCUACAGGCGUCACACACGCUACAGGCGUGCUCGUGAACAGCACUGCAGAACCCCCAACAGCAACAGAACAGGCCAACCCAUCUAAGGACAGAAAGAACCAGGUGGGAGAAGGAGAACCAAAGAAGGAGGAGGCCCCCAGAACUGAGGAGCAAGGCUCCCAGAGAGGAGGAGGAGGAGGAGGAGGAGGAGGAGCAGAAGAACAGAGGAAGGUGACAGGGGGGUCAAGGACGAGAGGUCGUGUGCACUCCUGGCACAGUCACUCCCGCGGGCAGACGCACAGGAAAGCGGGCGAGAGCGGGGCGACGAGCCCCAGGCAGCGCGUGAGGGAGGACACGGAGGAGCAGCGGCGGCUGGGGGAGUUGGAGCGGGAGACUGAGGCCCCGGCGGGGGCCGGCAGGGGGGCGCUGGGGGACAGGCUGCCCACGGCACGCACAGACGAGGCGGUGUGGGCGGCGGCGGCGCUGGGCUUCCUGCUGGUGCUGCUCACGCUGUCGGUGCUGCACACGCGGCUCUACCGCCACUGGCGCACCACGCCCAGCCUGUACUGGCGCGACGGCACGCAGGACUACGACAGCGUGGCCGACGUGAUCCGGCGGAGGCUGAAACUGGCCGGCCGCAGGAAGAGAAGGGUUGCAGCUGGUCGCAGACAGGAGGCUCCCCUCAUACCCAACUCAAGCACAGAAGAAGAGUCAGACUAACGGCCUUCCUCCCCCCAUCUUCCUCCUUCGCCUCCUCCUCCUCUCUCUGCAUUGGCAGGGACUCCACUGAACUGAAAGAUGACCUCUUCUUCCAGAGCCCAAAGAGUGGUCCCUUUCAUAAAGACUUGCUCCAACACAUGUUUUGAAGCAGAGUGUGCAAUAUUUAGUAUUCUUCCACUGCAGCUCCUCACAGUCUUAAGUGACCUCAGUAUUUGAGUGUGGAAAAUGUUUGGAGCUUAAACAGUAUCCAGACUGACACGACCUGUUUUAUUAUAAACAGUACAGCAGUGGCAAAGGGGUCGCUACUCAGUGCUUUCUCUUUUGCCUAGCCGCCCGCCAUACUUUCAGUAGCGUAUAGCGCAGUGCAGAUACUGUACCAGUACAGUAACAGACAAUGAACUGAUUGGGUUUUGUGGACCCUGAGCUCCAAAGGUGUGGCCUUCUACCACUGCCACUGGUACAACUGUUUUAUUGCUUAUUUGUCAUAAGCACCUGCAACUCAUUGUUUUUUUUACAUAUAUUUAAUUGGUUGUGUUGCCACUUUUUUUGUAAUUUGUCUGGAUUAAAUUGUUUGUGUAAGGAAUGCCUGAUUAAGUUUGCUCCCUCUACAACAGCAGGGUAGUUGUUGGGGUCUGGCCCACAGGGUUUCGGGGCAAAAUCAGAUGAUCUAGCCCCUGGCUAUGUACUGUACAGGCAGUGUUCUUAAGGCAGCAGUAUGCAGCCAUUUUCCACUUUUUAAAGUAUGUUUUUUUUAUUAAAGGCAGUUGGUUUUGGUA